UUUACCUGGAAUGACGAUUCGUAUGUGUACUGAAGCUCAAGGCAACGGCAGGAUAUUGUUGAGCUUCCGUCCUACUCUAGCGUUGCUGAGAGCUACAGGAGAACAACUUAAGCUGAAGCACAGGAGGAGAUUUAUCGACUCUUUCUAGCAGGUAAAAUCUUCGCGGAAGACGCGCAGAUCUUCGACUGUGAGGACAGCGGGAUGUGGUUUCGUCGGCUGCGUGCUUUGCAGAUAUUCUCCACAAUCAAGCCAGGAGGAGAGGCUCAAGAAGAGGUGGUGUAUCUUCCAUUCCGAGAUCUUGCUGCGCUUCGCUACGUGUAUCGCCAGAUUGAUGACGAAGGAGACGGAGCUGGUGCCAUUGGCAGAAGUACCGAAUCACCAUUUCGCAUUGUGGACAAGAUCCGACUGACGAAGGCGCUGAUAGAUGCCGGGUUUGACUGCGGCGCUCUGUUAGAGCGCGGGCUGCUGGACCAUCAUCUCUGUCCACAUACCCACAGAACUACCUAUGUGGACACGUCCCUGGAUACAGAUCGAGUCCAGUGGGGAGAGUUCCCAGCCCCCUGGAGAGUGUUUGGGAAGAUUUUUCAAUGCUACCGAAGCGAUGACGAUUUACUUCUUCAUGUCCGGAAUUACUUUGGAGAACAGCUCGGCUUCUACUUCGCGUUUGCUUCUUUCCACGCGAUUACUAAGGCCGCAGUUCCGUGGACAAAUGCGACGCAGCCCUGUGACUCUGCGCUUGGAACCGUAUGCGCCAGUCGGGAGGGAGGUUGCACGUCGGUUGGUGUCGACACUGGUGCUUGUGGCGCUUACUUUGCAGCUCACAGCGAGCAAUGCUGUGCUAGUGGCGAGCAACCGCUUUCAGGCUCUUGCGCCGUGCCCUUCGAUGCGAUCUCACAAGAACGGGCCAUUUGCACGAUGGUUGGGUUGUCGCGGGUUCGAGUCUACUCGUUGCCGUUAAUUCUCCGCACUGAAAAGCUACACUACGACGGAAUUGACAAUAUGUUGGGCUGCCCUCGUCUCUUGAGGGACUCCAUCGCCUUUGCCUUCGGUGGCGACUGCAGAUUUCCUGCGCGACUUAGUGGGUGGCGUUGGGCGGAAGCAUGUCCUCUCAAGUAUCUUGGUUUGCGCCGCGACCUCGGGAACCGCCGCACCGCUGAGUAUUUUUGUCACAAUGGCAGUCUUGGUGUCAGUAGAUAUUCGCUCUAA